AUGCCGAUGGACAUGUCGCUGAUCCCCUCGAAGCUCGAGGACGCGUCGCUGGCGGAGCGGCUCCGGCGCAGGAUACUGGUGGACAACAACCCCGUGUCCUGCGUGCUCCACCCCACGGGCUCCGUCCUGGUUCGGGACUGGCUCGGCGAGGGCGCUGAGGACCAGGAGCUGCUCAGGGUGCAGAAGAUCCUGGAGGCGGUGCUGCAGGCCGACACGGAGGGCGAUUACGCGGCGUGCUUGGCGCGGGCCACUGGCGGUUUCAACAGCUGGAGCGCGCGCUUGCAGGCGCUGGGCGAGCGCCUGGACGGGGCGCCCCCCACGGAGGCGGACGAGUUGCGGCGCAUCUUCCGCGAGGUCUCGCGGGAGUGCAACGACAUGAAGAGGGAGCUCCUAGGUGCUGCGCCCUGA